AAAGAUUAUCACUCUCAAUUAAUUGAUUGUUUGGAUUUUAUUUUUAUAAAAUAAAGCUGAUACGGUGAUACAGUUUCUUGGACUUACUUGUGAAAGAUUUCACACUUCUAUAAAGUCUAUCAGAGAUUACCAUAAAGUUUGAGUGACCCGCCCCCCUAAACUUCUUCUUUCUUUUUUUUUUGCUGUUAAUCGCCUUUCAUUUUCAUUGAAGGGGGUUUAUAAGGGUACAAUAAACGAUAUAGUAUCCUGAACCAAGAAUAUUAAUCAAAAUGAAUUUUUUGAAGAAGUUCUUAGGUUCCUCACCAACUGAUGAAGUUAUUCUGAUUCCAUCUGGGAAAUUAUUUCUUACCAGAUCCCCACAAUCUCCAAAGGGUGAACUUGAAUGUCUCUAUAAUGAUGCAUUUGCUUCUAUUAGACAAACAACUUCUGCAUUCUAUUACCGAUUAGUGAUCACCAGAGUUUAUCAAGAGGGUGAACUUGCAGCUCAUGGAGAUAGUGGGUUUGGAGAUUCAGAUGAUGAAGAUGAAUUUAAUGAUCAUGACACUCCGCAUUCUAUAUCUGAUUCAAAUAUUGGAUUAGGGCAUUCCAAAGAUGAAUAUGUUUUCGAGAUUCUGGAAGAUUUGAAGAUUCAUUGUUAUGAUAAAGAAGAUGGUACUAAAGCUAUUUCUUGGAAAGAUCUUGAUGGAGAUUUGGGUGAUAGAUUUGAAUUUAUUGUUGAUGAAAUCACAAAACAAACUGAUAUUGAUUCGUUCAUGUUAGCUUUGUAUAAAUGUCAAUAUGAGAGAAAAUAUCAUAAAUCAUCAUUAGAAAUCACAACUACUAAUGAAUUGAAAGAAUUUGUUUAUGAUCCCAAAACUGAAUUAUUAAGUUUUAAUGAUCUUAAUAAAGACAUUCAUGAUUUUGAAUAUGAAGAAGAUGAAUAUGAAUAUGAAGAUGAGACCAAAGCUACUGAACCCCCCAAAGUAGGGGCUGAAGCUGGAGCUUCUGAGGUUGAAUCUGAUGGUGACGAUGAAUUCCAUGAUGCUGAAGGCUCGAUUGGUGGGACUAAUACAUCAAUUGUUGGUACAGUAGUUUAUGAAUUCAAAACUAAUCUUGAACUUUAUUUAUUCAGUCCUGAUACUGGCACUUUUAUUAUCAAGGGUAAGAAAAAUGAAGUUUGUAUUAAAAUCCUUGAUUCUGGUGAUUGGAAUUAUUAUUUAGUAGUUGACUCAAUUGAUGAAAAUGGGAGACCUUUAAAAUUCGAUUGUCCAUUUACAAAAGAUAUGAAUCCAACCUUUAACUUCACAUAUAAUUCGUUUGUUUUCAAUCAUUUCGUACAAUCAAAGGGUCAAUCAAUUGUAUUUUCAUGGUUAUUAAAAUUUGAAGAAGAAUCUCAAUUAUCUGAAUUCCAAGUGAAUUUCCUGACUCAAUUAUGGCAAGCAUUUAAUAAGACAAUUUAUAAUCCACCAACUAAGGAUACUACUGAUUCUGAAAUGGAUUAUGUUAUGGAUACCUUGUCUAACUUCAGAAUUGAUGAUGAAACAGGACUUGAUGAAGAAGAUGAAAAGAAUCUUGAUGAUAUGAGUGAUGAUGAUGGAUUAGAUGAUGGGGCAUUUCUUGAAGCAGAGAAAAUUAUCAGAAAUGGAAAACAGAAUUUAUUUGUUCCAGAAGAUGAUGAAGAUGAUGAAUAUGGAGAUUAUGAAAAUGAUCGUAAAUUAUCUGAAUUUAAACAAUCAGAUAAAAAUUCUAAUCUUUCUGUUGGGUAUUCAAAUGACAGAUCAUAUGUUGUUAGAGGUAACAAGUUGGGAGUGUUUAAAAAUGACGAUGAUGAAGUUUCAUAUCAAACUACAAUUGCCAACAUGACAAACUUAAAGGGUAAAGAUUUUAUUCCAAAAUCAACUAUGUUACAUAUGCAAGAUCAAUAUAUGAUUAUGCAAAAUCCCGAAUUUGAUGAUAAAAAGCUUUUCAAGAUGGAUUUAGAAAGAGGGAAAAUCGUUGAAGAAUGGGAUGUUCAUGAUCAACAGGCAAUUACCUCGUUUGGUCCUAAUACCAAGUUUUCGCAAUUAACUGCUGAGCAAACCUUGACUGGUGUUUCCAAGAAUGGUAUGUUUAGAAUCGAUCCUCGUUUACCAACUUCAAAACUUGUUAAUGACAAUACUUUUAAGUUGUACAAGACAAAGUAUAAUGAUUUCCUGUCAAUGGCUACGACACAACAUGGUCAUAUUGCGGUAGGGUCCAAAAAGGGUGAUAUUCGAUUAUAUGAUCGAUUGGGAAUCAAUGCCAAAAGUGCGUUACCGUCUUUGGGAGAGCCUAUCAUUGGUCUCGAUGUUUCAGCCGAUGGUCGUUGGUUACUUGCUACUUGUGAAACUUAUUUACUCCUUAUUGAUACCAAAAUUGGAGAUAAUCAAAGGAAUGCAGGGGAACUUGGAUUUUUGAAAUCUUUCGAUAAGGAUAAGAAACCAAAGCCAAGAAGACUCACAAUCAAACCAGAACACGUUGCAUAUAUGUCAUUAGAAACAGGUGGGAAACCGUUAUCGUUUACUAAGGCUCAUUUUAAUACUGGGUUGGAUUCUAAGGAAACAUCGAUUGUUACCUCUUCUGGUCCAUAUGUGAUUAGUUGGUCAUUAAAGAAAGUGUUACAACCACCUAAGAAAUCCAAAAAUACUAGUGGAUCCCUGUCAGUUGUCCCAGAAGAUCAAAGUUAUCUUAUCAAGAAAUAUUCACAAAAUGUCAUUGCAGACAAUUUCAAAUUUGGAUCGAAUGCCGAUGUUAUUUUGGCACUUCAAGAUGAUGUCGAAAUGACUAAUAAAAAGGUAUUUAGUAGACCUUCUAAGAUCAUAUUUGGAUCAACAAAGAACAGCAUUGUUAAGGAGUUUUAAUUUGCCAAUUAUAUAGUUUUUCUUUCUCUUUCUCUUUUUCUUUUGUUUAAAUAUU